AUGAAGUUCCCGCUGGGCCUGGGGGCGCGGGCGUGGAGAGUGUCGCGGGCGCGGGCGGCGGCGGGCCCGGGCGCGGGGGCCGCGCUCGGCGGCGGCCCGCGCGGGUCGGGCCGGGGCUCGGGGCUCGCGCGCGCGCUCCCUAUAUGCCCGUCCCGCCGCGGCCGCGCUCUCCCGCCCCGCGCAGGGCCCGGGCGGCUUGGCCCGCGCGCUAUGGAGCAGACGUACGGCGAGGUGAACCAGCUGGGCGGCGUGUUCGUCAACGGCCGCCCGCUCCCAAACGCCAUCCGUUUGCGCAUCGUGGAGCUGGCCCAGCUGGGCAUCCGGCCCUGUGACAUCAGCCGGCAGCUUCGCGUGUCGCACGGCUGCGUGAGCAAGAUCCUGGCGCGCUACAACGAGACCGGCUCCAUCCUGCCCGGGGCCAUCGGGGGCAGCAAGCCGAGGGUGACGACCCCCAACGUGGUCAAGCAUAUCCGGGACUAUAAGCAGGGCGACCCUGGCAUCUUCGCCUGGGAGAUCCGGGACCGGCUACUGGCCGACGGCGUCUGCGACAAGUACAACGUGCCCUCGGUCAGCUCCAUCAGCCGCAUCCUGCGCAAUAAGAUUGGAAACCUGACGCAGCCCGCGCCCUACGAGGCCGGCAAGCAGCCGCCACCGCAGCCUGCGCUCCCCUACGGCCACGUCUACCAGUACCCCUACCCCGGGCCGGUGUCGCCCGCGGGAGCCAAGAUGGGCAGCCACCACGGGGUCCCGGGCACAGCGGGCCACGUCAGCAUCCCUCGUUCAUGGCCCUCGGCCCACUCGGUCAGCAACAUCCUGGGCAUCCGGACAUUCAUGGAGCAAACAGGGGCCCUGGCCGGGGCCGACGGAGCCUCCUAUUCCCCGAAGGUGGAAGACUGGGCCGGCGUGAACCGCACAGCCUUCCCGGCCGCCCCAACCGCCAACGGGCUGGAGAAGCCUGCCUUGGAAGCGGACAUAAAGUACACGCAGUCAGCCUCCGGCCUCUCAGCAGUGGGAGGUUUCCUCCCGGCCUGCGCUUACCCUGCCUCCAACCAGCACGGGGUGUACAGUGCUCCAACCGGCAGCUACCUCGCCCCCGGCCCGCCCUGGCCACCAGCACAGGCCUCCCCCCUGGCGCCCAGCGUGCACGGCGGGGAGCUCACAGCUACAAUGACCUUCAAGCAUCCCAGCCGAGAAGUGGCCGACCGGAAGCCGUCCAGCCCCGGAGGCAAAGCCCCGGACAGCCUUGGCAGCUUGCACGGACUGCCCGGCCCGGCCUCGACCUCCUAG